AUGGUCAAAUACUCAAACCUUUUCGCACUGAUCACUGCUGCUUUUGGCGUCACAGCCGCAGCCGCACCCACAACAUCACCGUCCACUCCUCAACCCAUCGUCUCCCUCUACCGAGCCUUCAACCCCAGAAUCCACGACCACUUCUACACAACCAACCUAGCCGAAUACACCAACGCCGUGCAGAAUCUCGGCUACUCUGCCGAGCAGACGGCAUGCCGGAUCCACUCCACCGAGCAAUGGGCGACCGUGCCACUAUACAGACUAUAUUCCGGAUCCCGCACCGACCACUUUUACACGACCUCGGCAGCAGAGCGCGACAGCGCUCUCCAGAACUCGGGAUACAGCGACGAGGGCAUUGCGGGGUACAUCUACCCAGCGGAUUCGUCGCUCCGGCUGCCCGGUUUGACGCCGCUUUACCGGCUGUAUAGCCAGCAGGUCAUGGAUCAUUUCUUUACCGUCUCGCAGGCGGAGAGGGAUAACACGAUUGGGAGGCUGGGAUAUUAUGAUGAGGGGAUUGCGGGGUAUGUGUUUCCACCGGAGUAG